CUGGCCCUCCCCCCACCCUUCCCAACGUGCUGCCCCCAGGGGCCAGGAGGAGUUGCGGCAAGGCCCCUCAGCGUUCAGGAGAAGAUGGGGAGUCCUGAGGAUGAUCUGAUUGGAAUCCCAUUCCCAGACCACAGCAGUGAGCUCCUGAGCUGCCUCAAUGAGCAACGCCAGCUGGGCCACCUAUGUGACCUCACCAUCCGGACGCAGGGCCUUGAGUACCGCACCCACAGGGCUGUGCUGGCUGCUUGUAGCCACUACUUCAAGAAGCUGUUCACUGAGGGCGGUGGUGGGACUGUCACGGGGGCUGGGGGUGGUGGGACAGCCGCUGGAGUCGCCGGGGCUGGUGUAUGUGAGCUGGACUUUGUAGGGCCAGAAGCACUGGGGGCCCUACUUGAAUUUGCCUAUACAGCCACGCUGACCACCAGCAGCGCCAACAUGCCGGCUGUGCUCCAGGCUGCCCGGCUAUUGGAGAUCCCAUGUGUCAUCGCUGCCUGCAUGGAGAUCCUGCAAGGCAGUGGACUAGAAGCUCCCAGCCCUGAUGAAGAUGACUGUGAGCGAGCCCGACAGUACCUGGAGGCUUUUGCCACCGCCACUGCCACCGCCACCGCCACCGCCUCAGGAGUUCCCAAUGGUGGAGACAGCCCACCACAGAUGCCCCUUCCACCACCACCACCACCACCACCACCUCGGCCUGUUGUCCGCCGCAGUCGCAAGCCCCGAAAAGCUUUCCUGCAGACCAGGGGGGCUCGGGCAAACCACCAGGUACCUGAAGUGCCCAUAGUGCCCACCAAUCCCUUGGCCUUCGAGGAAGAAGAGGUGGUGGGCAGAGUGGGCAGCAGCGGGGGCAGUGGACUGGGGGACAGUUACAGCCCUCCCACAGGAACUGCCUCACCUACUGAGGGGUCCCUGAGCUAUGAGCCCUUUGAGGGUGAGGAAGAAGAGGAAGAGCUGGCAUAUCCCUCAGCCUAUGGGCUAGCACAGGGCAGUGGACCCCCACUGUCCCCAGAGGAGCUGGGCUCAGAUGAGGAUGCUAUUGAUCCAGACCUGAUGGCCUACCUAAGUUCACUGCACCAGGAUGCCCUGGCACCAGGCCUGGAUGGCCAAGACAAGUUGGUGCGUAAACGUCGUUCCCAGAUGCCCCAGGAGUGCCCAGUCUGCCAUAAAAUAAUCCACGGGGCAGGCAAACUGCCACGCCACAUGAGGACCCAUACUGGUGAAAAGCCCUUUGCCUGUGAGGUCUGCGGUGUGCGUUUCACCAGGAACGACAAGCUGAAGAUCCACAUGCGAAAGCACACAGGAGAGCGCCCCUACUCGUGUCCACACUGCCCAGCUCGUUUCCUGCACAGCUACGACCUCAAGAACCACAUGCACCUGCACACGGGGGACCGGCCCUAUGAGUGCCACCUGUGCCACAAGGCUUUCGCCAAGGAGGACCACCUGCAGCGCCACCUCAAGGGUCAGAACUGCCUGGAGGUUCGCACCCGAAGGCGCCGCAAGGACGAUGCACCACCUCACUACCCACCGCCCUCUACAGCCACCCCGUCCCCUGCUGGCCUCGACCUCUCCAAUGGCCACCUGGACACUUUCCGCCUCUCUCUGGCUCGAUUCUGGGAGCAAUCAGCCCCCACAGGGCCCCCCGUGUCUACCCCUGGACCCCCUGAUGAGGAGGAGGAAGAGGGGACACCCACCACACCGCAGGCUGAAGGUGCCAUGGAGUCCUCUUAAAGAGGGUCGAGUGGCCAGGCUGGAGCAGCACAAGGCCGGGGACACCCAUGCCAAGCAAUGGGAACGUGGACAGGCAGAGCUGGGAUGGGGGUGGGGGGCACUGGGACUUGCUGACAUCAGAGUCAGUCCCUUCUCCCCAGAGCCCUCUUUCCAAUUCAGAGCUGAGGCUUUGCAGCACAGGUGCUCCCCCAGAUAUUAUGUAUAUAUUUACAACUCUAUUGUAAAGCUGGGGUCCCUGUCCCCAGCUACUCCUGGGGAGUAGAAGCAAUAAUGUAUUUGAUUAGUGGGGUCCCACUUCGGCUAUGCGGGUUUCUAGGGGUCUGGGGCUUGGGACCAAAGCCUUGCCCCACUCCCAUGCCCCUCCUGGGGUUUUGGCAGUGUCAGGGGGUGAAGGACUGCCCCUCCCUUCCGAGACCCCUCCUUCCUGGUUUCUGUUCCCUUUUCCUGACAGUGAAUUAUGAAAAGGGGGGGUGGCAAAGGAAGGGUAGGUGGGGGGGGAGAAAGGUAAAAACUUGAAAGACUGGGGGGACUGGGCCUGUAAGGACGGAGCCAUCCCAGUCCCCCUCCGCCCUGCUCCAGCGCUGAGUCAUGGGGUCCUGGAGAAGAAGGGGGCGGGGUGGCCUGAUUGGCUCGCCCGCCCCUGGGGGCAGCGGGGAGGGCCCGCCCAGCUAAGGGAGCCUCCCCUCUCCUCCCCUCCCUGCUCCUCCCCUCCCAUUCCCUCCCCUCCCGCGUCCCCAGGCAGGGAAUGUCUUGUUCCCGCCGCUCCCUCCCCAGGGCCAGAGGGCAGGGCGGGCUGGGGCUGCGUCUUACCCUCUUCUUCUCCUCCUCCCCGCCCAGGUGCGAGCCGGAGCCUCCGCCACCAUUGCCGCCCCUGACUCACGCCGCCCCCGGGCUGGCGGGCGCAGGGUGUGGGACGGGGUGAGGGGUUGGGGGGGGAGCCCGGCGGGCAGGCUGGCGCCAUCUGGCGGCCAUGCCCUGCACGGGCGGGCACCCCUGCGAGCUGGCUUCGUGCUCUCUGGCCAUGGAGCUGGCGCCCCUUGCCAGGGCGGUGGGCAAGCUACUCGCUUGCCGCCGGGAACGCGGGUUGCCGACUGGAGAGAAUGGGAUCCCAGCCCCAGGUCCUUCCUUGCCUGUCUCUCUCCUUAGGAUUGAAUCCACGCCUGUUCUGUACAUAGCCUCUUCUGUUGGUCUUGUUGAACUCUAGUUCCAGAUUUUUAACUACCCAAUUCUGCUGGGAUGUGUGGGGAGGAAUCUCCCCACUUUCCUUCCUCGCUGGGUGCUGGACCCCCAUUGCAGCCUGGGCUCUGCCUUGCACUAUUUCCCUUCCUUGGCCUGGCGGCCCUUCCCCCUCCUUAAAAGGGGCAGGUUCAGGGGCCCGGUGCUCUCCUUCCCUCCCAUGCACCCCUAUGCCCAUUUGCACAGCUGCCCAGGUACCCCCCAACAGUGGGGAGGGGUGACAGGGAGGGGGUAGUGGGACCAGUCCCUGUAUCUAUUUAAAAAGUGAUGAUGUAAUAUAUUGGGGGGGAGGGGAGGUUGAGUGCCCUGGGCCUCAUCUUAGCAUUUCAGGUGAUGGGGGGAGCCUAGAGCUGGGGAGAACUGGGGCUUGGCCCCAAAGAGUGGAGACUCCCUAACUUGCGGCUUUCCCAGUCAGUGCCUUAGGCGGGGAGACAUUCCCCCCCUCUCCUAUUCCUUUCCUCUACCCCUGCCCCCACCUCGGGUGUAAGCGACAGGAAGAAAUAAUAAUAAUUUAAGAUUCA